AAUAUAAGUCGCAAUUGCUCGGACUAGUGUUGAGUAAUAAUUUGAAAUUGUAACAAGUUCAAUAUGUUUCUUAAAUUGGGUUUUUUUGUUCUAAUCAUUUGUAUGUUAUCCCAGCACACUUUUGUUGAUGCAAAUGAUCACAUUCUUGGGGAUUUCCUUCGACGAAUUGGAGACUGGCAACAUGCUCGAGGUGACGCCUGGGACCGCAAGGCUCACAUCUGGCACAUUUUCGACAAAUCUGACGAACCCCAAAAAACUCCAAUCGGCAACUUGAAACGCGCGUUUGGUGACAAGACAUACAGAUUUGCUGACCAUGUUGACGGCUGGGCUGAACAAGGAAAAGGAAUCUUUGGACAAGUAGUCGGAAAUUUCAAAACUAAAAGCCGGAAUACGGGUAAGCAACCAACAUCCCAUUCCAUUCUAAGACGUCCAACCACCCCUACAAACCCUCAACCAGCACCUACAGCUCCAACUGGAGGCCCGUACUUCCCAACUACAUCUGUUUCAACAAGUUUUACUGGAACCGCUCAACCUCCAAACAUAAAUUCAAUGUUCAAUCCUCAAAACAUUCCAUUCCCUCCAGGUUUUAAUCCAGCAUCUCCUAAAACAAGCAACCCUUGGCCUCCUAGACGUAAUCCAGUAACUCGUACUAGAGGCCCGUACUUCCCAACUACAUCUGUUUCAACAAGUUUUACUGCAACCGCUGAACUUCCAGACAUAAAUUCAAUGUUCAAUCCUCAAAACAUUCCAUUUCCUCCAGGUUUUAAUCCAGCACCUCCUCCAACAAGCAACCCUUCGCCUUCUAGACCUAAUCCAGUAACUCCUACUAGAGGCCCGUACUUCCCAACUACAUCUGUUUCACCAAAUUUUACUGGAACCGCUCAACCUCCAAACAUAAAUUCAAUGUUCAAUCCUCAAAACAUUCUAUUCCCUCCAGAUUUUAAUCCAGCACCUCCUCCAACAAACAACCCUUCGCCUUCUAGACCUAAUCCAGUAACUCCUACUAGAGGCCCGUACUUCCCAACCACAUCUGUUUCAACAAGUUUUACUGCAACCGCUCAACCUCCAAACAUAAAUUCAAUGUCCAAUCCUCAAAACAAUCCAUCCCCUCCAGAUUGUGAUCCAGCACCUCCUCCAACAAGCAACCCUUCGCCUUCUAGACCUAAUCCAGUAACUCCUACUAGAGGCCCGUACUUCCCAACUACAUCUGUUUCAACAAGUUUUACUGCAACCGCUCAACCUCCAAACAUAAAUUCAAUGUCCAAUCCUCAAAACAAUCCAUCCCCUCCAGAUUGUGAUCCAGCACCUCCUCCAACAAGCAACCCUUCGCCUUGCAGACCUAAUCCAGUAACUCCUACUAGAGGCCCGUACUUCCCAACUACAUCUGUUUCAACAAGUUUUACUGCAACCGCUCAACCUCCAAACAUAAAUUCAAUGUCCAAUCCUCAAAACAAUCCAUCCCCUCCAGAUUGUGAUCCAGCACCUCCUCCAACAAGCAACCCUUCGCCUUGCAGACCUAAUCCAGUAACUCCUACUAGAGGCCCGUACUUCCCAACUACAUCUGUUUCAACAAGUUUUACUGCAACCGCUCAACCUCCAAACAUAAAUUCAAUGUCCAAUCCUCAAAACAAUCCAUCCCCUCCAGAUUGUGAUCCAGCACCUCCUCCAACAAGCAACCCUUCGCCUUCGAGACCUAAUCCAGUAACUCCUACUAGAAGCCCGUACUGCCCAACUACAUCUGUUUCAACAAGUUUUACUGCAACCGCUCAACCUCCAAACAUAAAUUCAAUGUCCAAUCCUCAAAACAAUCCAUUCCCUCCAGAUUGUGAUCCAGCACCUCCUCCAACAAGCAACCCUUCGCCUCCUAGACCUAAUCCAGUAACUCCUACUAGAGGUUCUUACUUCCCAACUUCUUCGAGACCGACUGUUACAAGAGGCCCUCCAGCUACUAGAUCUAGCGCCGGGAAAUUGGUGUUCAUUGAAAGUCAAGGAAAGUCUACGGAGCUGACUCCUGAACAGGUCGUUGAUAUUGGAAAGUACUUUGAUCAGUUGUUGAAAGGGUCUAAUUGAAUUGUUAUGUGAUUUCUUUCAAUAAAUGUUAUUCAUAUUCUA